AUGCUCGACCGAUUCAAAGCGCCCUUUCGCAGAUAUCCCGACAAUGAGGCGGGGGCGACGAUGGCGGUGCUUGAGUUCCUGGCAGCUCAAGGGGUGAGUUUGGACCCGAUCACGUUGGACACUCAGUCCGAGGAUUACUUCACUAAGGGCAGCCGUAGGGCUCCCGCCUCUGAGGACCACGAGUGGGGGGCGAAUUGGUCUGGAAACGCUGGCUCGUGUUCAAGUUUCAAAGAGCCGGAAAAGCCGGCUACCGUGACCUUCGGCAUCUGGGGCAAGGUCACCGGCAUACAUCAAACUUACCGUGACGGAAUGCGCGCCGUCAUUCUAAGUGUGGCUUGCAGCCUCUUGUACUAUCUGGCCCAGCUUGUACUUGCUUAUUCGCCUCCCAAAUCCGACUGGCAAAACUUUCUAGACGGGUGCAAGGCCUUAUUCGGCUAUUGA